AUGGAAAAUGCAAGAGGGUUCUGCCAUAGUGACUCUCAGGAAGAAGAGGCAUCAUUCACAGUGACAUGUUCAUCUCAUUGCGUCCUAACUGACCUGGAUGGUGAAAUGGUGGCCUGGCCGGAAAAAAGGGCAAAGAAUCUCCCGGCUGGGGGCACCGGUGGGGAAAGCCCGGGGGUCGGCGCCCCCCUCCUGGGCAGCAGCGACUCCUCCACCCUGCUCCAGGCCGAGCUGCUGGAUCUGGACGAGGACGAGGACGACCUGGAGGUGUUCAAUUUCCUUUGGUUGAAAGGAAAACUUGAAGACGCACAUCCCACUCUGAUUAUUCCACCAUUGCCUGAGAAGUUUAUCAUGAAAGGUAUGGUGGGGCGCUUUAACGAUGACUUCAUUGAAAUACGGAGGAAGGCGCUACGUAAGUUCCCGAACCGAAUUGCUGAUCACCCAAUUCUAACAUUUAAUGAAGACUUCAAAGUAUUUCUUACUGCACCAGCUUGGGAGCUCUCUUCUCACAAGAAGCAAGGGCCUGGAUUACUCAGCAGGAUGGGGCAGACAGUCAGAGCUGGUGCUGCAAUGAGAGGAGUAAAAAGCCGCCCAGAAGGGUUCACGGAAAUGAAUAACUUUGUUGAAGUUUUUAGCCAGAAAAUAAAUUUGAUAGACAAAAUAUCUCAGAGAACUUACAAGGAAGAAAGGGAAUGUUCUGAUGAAAUGAAAGAAUAUGGCCCAAUCCAUAUUCUGUGGUCGGCGUCAGAAGAAGAUCUGGUUGAUACUCUAAAAGGGAUUGCCAGCUGCGUUGACAAAUGCUGUAAGGACACUGAAAAACGGACGUCUGGACUCUCAGAGGCCCUGCUUCCUGUAGUACAUGAGUAUGUACUUUAUAGUGAAAUGUUAAUGGGUGUUAUGGAAAGGAGAGACCAAAUACAAGCAGAACUGGACCCAAAGGAAGCUUUGACCUAUAAAAAGGCAGAUACUGAUCUGCUUACAGAAGAGACUGGAAAACUUGAAGAUAAAGUGGAAUGCGCUAAUAAUGCCCUGAAAGCAGACUGGGAAAGAUGGAGACAUAAUGUGCAAAAUGGCAUCAAGUCAGCAUUUACAGAUAUGACUGAGGAGAAUAUCCAGUAUUAUGAACAGUGCCUUGCUACACGGGAAUCCUUCCUUGCAUCACAGACUGACCUCCACUUGGAAGAAACCUCUGAAGAUAAACCUGAAUCCCACUGAGGACUUCUGUGCUAUCUUUGGGAGACAGCAUCUAUUAACCAAAGUUACUCUUUCUGGAUGGACUGUGUCCUUUAUAAAGUGGGUGAAAAACAUUUAGCACUAUCUGGAAGACCAACAGCUUGAAACUCAGGUAUUCCAGAUCACUGACAUGAAUUGGAUACACCCGUGUGUGUGUG